UACAAAUCCUCACAGCUACGCAGACACAUCGAGGUUACCUUGUUGGAUCUACCCCUCUUUCUUAAGCUUUUCCUCAUAACCGAAUGGAUUGAAUCGGUCAUUGGAUUGGGAGUUGGCAGAAACAACAGCUAGCCAAGGUGUCGUGGUGGUGGUAGAUCGUCCAUCUGCUCAUAAUCAUUGGCCUGGAUCCGUGUCCAUCUCUGGUAAUCUUAUUAUAAUCAAAUCCGCAACACAAAGCCACAGAGCACAGCUUUGCAGCUUGCCCUACGCACAAGACAAGCGGCCAGCCUGCCUCCUCUCCCCUUUUCCUUUGCUGCAAGGCAAGUGAAAAAUCAUGCGGAGGGAGUAGAAGAAGAAGCUGGAGCAGCUCAUUCUUCCCCACACUUGUUUUUUCAACCCCACCCAUGGUUUGAAGUCGCUGUCGCUGUUAGCAGCCAUUAAAUCUUCCCCAUCUCCACCGCGUUGCCAUAUACCCUGCCAAGAUCCAGUUUUUCUUUUCUGACCACAGUCUCAGUACUGCUGGAGGAGUGGCCUGCGCUCAUGGCUCUCCUCCUCCUCGCCUCCAUCGCCGUCUCCAUGCUGCAUUGGGGCGGCAAUGCUCAGCCUUCCCCCGGCUACUACCCCAGCAACAGGUUCAAGCCCUUGCCAGGCUUCUACCAUGGCUACAGCAAUCUAUGGGGGGCUCCGCACCAGAUUGUCUCAGGAGACCAGUCCUCAGUCACCCUUUGGUUAGACAGGAGCUCAGGCAGCGGAUUCAAGUCCAACCGACCCUAUCGAAGUGGCUAUUUUGCUGCCUCCAUCAAGCUCCAAGCAGGCUACACGGCUGGGGUCAUCACUGCUUUCUAUCUCUCAAACGACCAGGCGCAUCCUGGAUCCCAUGAUGAGGUAGACAUCGAGUUCAUGGGGAACACUCCGGGGAAGCCUUACAGGCUGCAGACAAACGUGUACAUCAGAGACCGGCGACCGGAAUACGUCGGCGGGGAGAUGAAGUUCCGCUGGUUCAAACCUGUCGAUUUCCACAACUAUACCAUCCCUAUGGAACCAUUCUAUGUGGAUGACAUACCGAUAAGGAGGUAUCCAAGAAAGAGUGCCGACAUCUUCCCGAUGCGGCCAAUGUGGAUGUAUGGCACCAUAUGGGAUGCGUCCGCCUGGGCCACGGACAGGGGCAAGUACAGGGUGGACUACAGGUACCAGCCCUUCGUCUCCCGGUUCACUAAGUUCAUCAUCCGAGGCUGCUCGGCCUUCGCCCCGCCGAACUGCCGGGUGGCGCAGUCGUCGCCGAUGGGCUCGGGGCUCAGCCCGCAACAGUACGCAGCCAUGCGAUGGGUCCAGAACAACUACAUGGUGUACAACUACUGCACCGACCCUGGCAGGGAUCAUUCCCGGACACCAGAGUGCUAUUGAGUAGCUACAUCGUCUGCCCUGUUCUGGCCUCAGUGUGUUUGGUA